ACAAAAUAAGUGAUGAGCACUGGCUAGACAGACGUAUCUAACAAUGUCAGUCACUGUUGAUCACAAAGGUUUCAAAUGUGAAGUCUGCUUUAAAUGUUUCCCAACCAAGAGAAAGUUAGAAGUACAUAUUCGCGUGCAUACUGGAGAGACACCUUUCAAAUGUGAAAUGUGCACAAAAUGUUUUACGUGUAAAUCCUACUUAAGAAAGCAUAUGUCCAUUCAUAAUAAUGAAAAAGGUUUCAAAUGUGAAGUUUGCACAAAACGUUUUGCUCGCAAAUGCAGCUUAAAACAGCAUAUGCUUAUUCAUACAGGUGAAAAGCCCUUUAAAUGUGAAGAGUGCACAAAGAGUUUUACAAACAAUGAUUCCUUAAAACGGCAUAUGUUGAUUCAUACUGGUGAAACACCUUUCAGAUGUGAAGUGUGCACAAAAUGUUUUACAUACAGCUCCACCUUAACACGGCAUAUGUUGAGUCAUACUAAUGAAAAGACGUUAAAAUGUGAGCUGUGCACAAAACGUUUCAAACACAAUAUAAACUUAAAAUACCAUAUGCAGAUUCAUACUGGUCAAAACCCUUUCAAAUGUGAACUCUGCACAGAAUCUUUUAGAAAUGGUUACCUUUUAAAGCAGCAUGCAGCGAUUCAUUCUAAUGAAAGACCUUACGAAUGUGAACGUUUAAGACUGCAUAUGUUUUGUCAUUCUGAUGAAAAACGUUUCAGAUGUGAAGUGUGCACAAAACGUUUUACACGCAGUUCCUGCUUAAAAGUGCAUAUGUUGAUUCAUACCGGUGAGAAACGUUUCAAAUGUGAAGUGUGCACGAAACGAUUUGCAUCCAGUGGCACGUUAAAACAGCAUAUGUUCAUUCAUACUGGUGAAAAACCUUACAAAUGUGAAAUGUGCACAGAAUGCUUUACACACAAUACCAGCUUAAAACGCCAUAUGUUGCGACAUACUGGUGACUAA